AUGCCACCAAUUCCAGUCCACAUCGAUGAUCCCAUCACGCCUUCGAAACCGCAUGAUGAACCAUCGCUCGCGAACACCGGUACCUCAACGACUGCUUACCCUCCGGCGCAACCUGGAGCGGCCGCGGCCGCUCCAGCUCCAACUACAUACAUACCAAAUGCUCAACCCAAUCCUACUCCGACGAGAACUGCGAUGAGGGCGGGAAAUAGUCCACCUCCGCCUGCGCCGGGAGCAGUACCAGUGCCUCCCGGCCACAACGCGACAGUGACAGCUCCUUCAACUCUUCCACCUCCACCCAAAGCUGGAGAGACAGCUGCACUCAAGCAGUCGCAUAUCACGCAACCGCCGCCGCAAAUGAUUAUACCACCUCCACAAUCUAACUACGCUCCAGUCCACGGCACGACGCCGACAACCCAAACACAAGCAAGAGAUGGACCAACGACUAUAAACUUUGGAGCUGCACCUGCACCACAAACCAGUGCUGGCAGUCAUCCACCAGGAUAUCAUCAGGAUACCAAUGCACAGGAGCUUAGCUCCGCUGCGAGGGCAAGCCUAGAUCAACAUGAACGGCGGGAAAGCUUUGCAAAUAACUUGGGAUUUGGAGGAGGAGAUAGCGCGAAUGAUACUGCCGCGAACGUUUGGAACACUGUCAAAGGCUGGGCAAAUACAGCUGGCAACAGCUUAGCGGAGGCAGAGAAGCAGGUUUGGGAGCGAAUCAACAAGAAAUGA